AUGAGAAACUACUUUUUCUAUGUUUCCCUUUUUCUUGUCCGAUUUGUAACAUGUUUUUAUGAGAAUGCAUCUUAUUACGUUCCUGAAUGGAGUAACUUUUUGAAUCAUCAAAAAAUAUUGAUCAAAGAUUUAUUCGAUGAAUACGACGAUACUAUUGCACCAGUUUACUCAAAAAUUGAUAUCACUAAGCCAAUCGGUUACAACCCUCUUGCACCAGAACGAUACAACUACACCAUCUUUCUUUAUUAUCUGAAACUAGUGGAAGUCGUCGAGCCAGAGGAAAAGGUUUCAGUGGUUAUGGAAAUGGCAGAGCAUUGGUACGAUCCCCGACUUGCUUGGAAUCCUUCAUUAUACGAUGAGAUUUCAAUGCUUCAUAUGCGACAGGAAAGAGUUUGGAGCCCGACAAUAAACAUGUUCAUGAUAAACGAUAUCGCUGACUUCCGUGACCAAGACUUUCGUAUGGUUACUGUAGAAAACACAGGUCAUGUGUACACAUCUUUAUCACUUCGAGUCUCUCUGAACUGCCCUUUGAACGUUGCAAAGUUUCCAUUCGACUCUCAAACUUGUGUCAUUCAGUUCUCAAUGCCAUUGUUUUUCACUCAAUACAUCCAGAUGUUCAGCCAAAUUUAUGAAGGAAUCAAGAAUAAGACAAUGUGGGGGAAAAUGGGAAAUUCUGAAUGGGAUCUCGCAAAUUUGACAAACCGGAUGGAUGUCUUGAGUUAUAACGAUGGUGGGAUGAGUGACAUGCAACUGGCUACGUUUGAGAUUAAAAUACGAAGAAAUCCCAUGUAUUACAUUUAUAUGAUAGUAUUUCCGUCAUUCGUCAUCAAUGCUAUGUCGAUUGUUGGAGUUUUUAUGAAGAACACAGAUAAAAUUUCAAAGCUCAACGUUGGUCUUACCAAUAUAAUGACAAUGACAUUUAUUCUCGGAGUGAUGGCUGACAAAAUUCCAAAAACUGGAUCAAUACCAUUGCUAGGAAUCUACAUUAUAAUCAAUCUGUUCAUCAUGAUAGUAGCUGUAACCAUUACAAUGUUCAUAGGGAAAUUCAGGAAGUUUUUUAUUCCAAGAUUGAGAUCCAAGAAGACUGAGUGGCGAAGAAAACUAGAAUGGAUGUUGGGAGAUGUACUCGAAACAAUACUGAUGGUUUGUCUUGAAACAUUGAAUACUGCCAGUUUUUUGGUGAUGGUUGGAUUUUGGAUAAAUGAUUCGUGA